AGGAAAGUUCCUUUCCAGCCUUGCUUUCUGGCUGUGUUUUGCCAAGCGGGUGAACCCUGGUAAUUUCCUCUGAGCUGUGAGGAAUGCCUUGGCACACUUCCAGGGCUGCAUGGGGAGGUGGGGGAGGCUGGCAGCCCCAAACCCUGCCUCUUAUCCACUCACCUGUUUUAGCUGGAGGGAAAAGCUCUGAACUGUUUGCUUCCAGAGAAAGGUUGCUCAUUGCCACAGGCUUGAAACAUGAGCUUCUAGGUAGGACUAAAUUCUUCUGUUCAGUGACCUUUUCCACCCAAAAGCUGUGCUAAAGUUUAACUUAUAAAGGUGAGGUGUGAGGUGCUCCUUACAUUUGGAGUAAGAGUGUAGUCAAAACCAGAUGGUUACAGCAGUGUUCUCUCUAAUCCUGGGAAUCCAGGGUUCUAAGUCCACAUGUUCCAGAGCAACCACCUUUACCAGAAGCAAACAUGGAUGUCUGGCCUGUGCUUUUCAGCUCCAGAGGACUCUUCCUACUGUGUGUGCUGCCAGCAUCACUGUUGUCGCUGCAGUGGGCUCUGGGUGGCCAUAUUACAGAUUUUGCAUUCCCCUCCUGCUGGCCUCCCUCCCUGCGAUGGCUGCAGGUGAAGAGAUCGCCCCUGCCCUGCAGGACUCGUGGGGGGACUUCUGGCUCUUCCGUUUCUUUGUUAAUGCUGCUGGCUAUGCCAGUAUUGUGGUACCGGGCUUCCUCCUCAUCCAGUACUUCAAGAGAAGGAACUACUUGGAGACAGGCAGAGGCAUUUGCUUCCCUGUCAUCAAAUCAUGUGUGUUUGGCUCUGAGGUGAAGUCUGUACAUCAGGAUGAUGGCUCCCUGCCACCCCGAGCAGAGCCCACAGAGUCCUCCACAGCCCGACAUGUCUUCAAGCUGCUCUUCUGUGCUGCUGGUCUACAGGCUUCCUACCUCACAUGGGGUGUCCUCCAGGAGCGUGUGAUGACGAGAACGUACGGUGCUACUGAAACAGACCCCGGAGAGAAGUUCAAGGACUCCCAGUUCCUCGUGUUCAUGAACCGCAUCCUGGCCUUCACAGUGGCUGGUCUGUACUGUGCCCUGACCAAGCAGCCACGCCAUGGGGCUCCUAUGUACAAAUACUCCUUUGCCUCCCUCUCCAAUAUCCUCAGCAGCUGGUGUCAGUAUGAGGCACUCAAAUACAUCAGCUUCCCCACCCAAGUGCUGGCCAAGGCCUCCAAAGUGAUCCCAGUGAUGAUGAUGGGCAAACUGGUGUCACGCAAAAGUUACGAGUACUGGGAGUACCUGACUGCUGCCCUCAUCUCCGUCGGGGUCAGCAUGUUCCUGCUCUCCAGCGCUCCUAACAGGACAGUGUCCACUGUCACCACUUUCUCUGGCAUAGUGCUCCUGGCUGGCUACAUAAUCUUCGACAGCUUCACCUCCAACUGGCAGGACGCUCUCUUCACCUACAAGAUGUCUCCCGUGCAGAUGAUGUUUGGCGUCAACGUCUUCUCCUGCCUUUUCACCGUGGGCUCGCUCUUGGAGCAGGGUGCCUUGCUGGAGUCGCUGCGCUUCAUGGCCCGCCACUCGGAGUUCACCGCCCACGCCGUGCUGCUCUCUGUGUGCUCUGCCUGCGGCCAGCUCUUCAUCUUCUACACCAUCAACCAGUUCGGGGCAGCUGUCUUCACCAUCAUCAUGACACUCCGACAGGCCUUCGCCAUCCUCCUCUCCUGCCUCAUCUACGGCCACACUGUCACUGUUGUGGGUGGGCUGGGCAUAGCCGUUGUCUUCAUGGCCCUCUUCCUCCGAGUCUACGCCCGCAGCCGCAUGAAGAAGCGCAGUAAGAAGCUCCCGCCGGGCGAGACCCCUGUACAAAAGGUCUAAGGAAGCGGAGGCCAUGGCAUUUAAGCCAUGCCUGCUGUCCUGCCUCCACUCAAGGGUAUUUGCUGAAUUUCUCAGAACCCACUUAGAAGAAGAGUGGGAUAUGAAUAGGCAGGACCAGUGACUCGGUUUUCCACCUGCUUUUCCUGAGAAAGGGGCUGGAACAAGCCCAGGAAACGCUCUGGGCUGAUGCAGCUCCAAACCUUUCCAUUUGCCUUAAUAGGUGAAAGACUUACAGCCAAGGCACAGGCCUGGGGACACACCAGCAUGGGGCUGCUGGUAUUCCUGCCCCACCUCUGUCUUGUGGCUUCUCCCCAAAGUCACUCAUGAACAAGGGAACUCUUCCCUGGCACUGUCUUGCCUCUGGCUAAUGCUCCUCCAUUUCUGUUAGUACUACAGAGCUUGGCAGGAGGAAAGGGCAAGCAAAACACUAGGUUUCUUUUUGAAACACCUCUGAGUGAGGCAAGUCCCAAGCUGAGCCCAUCGAAGGGUGGGGAAUGCUCGUCCUCCAUUCCAGGAGGGGCUCUGGGUAGUACAGGUACAGCCAAGGGAAGGACUCCCAGCCUGUCCUACCCCAGGCCUGGGAUCUGCUCUGGGAGGGCACUGCAGUGAGAGCCAGUACCUCCCAGUUUGGUUUUAUCAAUUCUUUACCCCUGCUCCAGGACACUCUUCUUUGCCCCCCUCAGCCCAGGCUGAUUUUUAUGCAGCACCUGAGCUGGGCAGUUCCCAAGGCUUGCCGAGUCCUUUGAGGUUGCUUUUUGGUUACAUCUGCUGUUGUUACAGGCCAAAGGCUGCACUGCCCCGAAACCCCAGCACCACCUCGGGCUCCCUCAGUGCCAUGGUUUCUGGGCUUUGCAGUUGCCAUUCAGACAAGCACAAACAACCCCUCUUUUUCCUGCCACCUGGAGGCACUGGCCCUGGUUUUCCUGGGGGCUGGCCAGAGUCUGUGCCUGGAGGGUUAGGACGUGGGGCAGAGCCUGCUUGCGGUGCCUUGUUCCUGCUCCGCAGACAGCAGGGGAUGGAGCAGUGAAAGCUGUUCUUCCCCCAAAGCCUGGGUUUUAUCGGUCAAUCCUUUUCUCGUCAACACAACCUGACUGACAAACCAGCAGGUUUUGGUACUUUUGCAAGGCAACUUUUUUCUGUUUUUAUUUUAUUAAAUUAAAAAUAUGCUGCAUAUAGUGCCAUGGACGUAAAUGUUGGGGGUUUUUUUUGGUUGGUUGGGGUUUUUUUUCCAUAUACUUGGAAGGAGGGAAGAGAUUUCCAAUUCUUCCUGUGUCCCUAGUCUGGACAGCAGAGUUGUGUUUCCAAAUACAGGUGCCUCUGUCUGUCUUUGCCAAGGCUGGUGUCAACCAGGGUUGCACUCCAAGCUGCAAGGUCUGACAGGAGAUCCUUGCACACACAGCUGGGGAGCACAGCCAGGUUUGGAAUGCUGUUUACUCUGGUGAGCAGGCAAAGGAACCAUUAGCCUGAGCCUAGUUUGGCUCCUAGGCUCUGCAUGGUGCAACUUAAGGAAUUCCCAGUGGGGCAGCUACCAAGAGGUGAUACAGAAGCCGGCUGAGCACCUGCCAGCCAGGGCCCCCGGUGCUGCAGCACUUUGUGGGGCGUACUGCAGCAGCCAGAGCCAUGAGAGGCUUGAGGUGUGGAUGGUCCACGCUCCUGGUAAUUGUGGGAGGCCUGGUGAAAAAAUGUGUAGGCAAGGGCGAGUCUGGGGUCAGAGACAGGACUGGGGCCUAACACAGCUAGGGAAAGGGGACACUCAGGUGAGGGUUACAAGAGAAACAGAGGAGGAAACUAGGGACAGUGGUGACUUAGCUGAGCCUGGAGGGAUACCAGAGCUGGUGCUGAGCACGGCCCAGGCUUCAGAGCACUUGGCUCUCCAGCAGUUUUACCAGUGCUCCUUUUCUAGCUCUGAGCUUUUGGAGGUGCCUGUGCAACCUCACAGCUUUUCAUCCUGCCCAAAUUCACCCAAAUGUCUGCACCCACCAUCUGCUGACAGACUGAAAAUGGAAUGUGAUUUCC